GGCCGGGCAUGUUAGUUUCCGCUUCCGGUCGGUAAAGGGCAAGCACAAUGUAAACACGGGACCAGGGGAGUGGUCAUUAGGUAACUGAGGGUACGCUGACCGUGGUGGAAGCCCAGGAAGAGGAGGAAAACGAGGCUGGUGGGUCUUGUGGUUAGGGGAGAAAGGACCUUCAGAAGUCGGAGUUGAGACGCGACGGAGGUGCGGCAGAGCCGGGACGCUAAGGGUUCCCACAGUACCUGGUUCCUCACACUGCUGCUUUAGGAACAGAGUUCAUUUGGAAACUUGAAGGCAGAAUGGCUUCCUUUGGAUGGAAGAGAAGAAUUGGGGAGAAGGUCUCAAAGGUCACUUCACAGCAGUUUGAAGCCGAAGCUGCUGAUGAGAAGGAUGUAGUUGAGAAUGAAGAAGGGAGCUGGCUUCAUGCGGUUAAACGCAGGAAAGAAAGUCUCCUCGAGGGCUGUGUUGAGAAAAGUAAGCAGCUGAAGGAUGAAGGAGCCAGUUUGGUUGAAAAUAAAAGACUUCCCAAUGAGUUGCCAGCAUUCGUUGUUCCUACUUCUUACUCCCACUUUGCUCAGCGGUCUGGCGUCCACUCCUGCCCUUCCAGGAAUGCUGUUUGGUAUCGAGAGGCGAUUCAAAAAUGGGACGAAGCACUGCAGUUAACCCCAGAUGAUGCUACCCUGUACGAGAUGAAAUCACAGGUCCUAAUGUCUCUUCAUGAAAUGUUCCCUGCAGUACAUGCAGCUGAAAUGGCCGUGCAGAGAAACCCACAUUCAUGGGAGUCUUGGCAAACUUUGGGACGUGCUCAGCUUGGAUUAGGAGAGAUAGUCCUGGCAAUUCGAAGUUUUCAGGUAGCCCUUCACAUCUAUCCAAUGAACCCUGAAAUAUGGAAAGAAGACCUUUCUUGGGCAAGAACACUCCAGGAGCAGCAGAAGGUAGCACAGAAGAUUAAGAAGUGUGACGCGUCAGCGGAAAUGACACAUUUCUCACCAAAGUCAAUCCCCGACUAUGACUUUGAAAGUGAUGAGAUUGUUGCUGUUUGUGCAGCAAUUGCGGAGAAACAGAAGACAGUUUCAGCAAAUAAGACAAUGGUUAUUGUUUCGGCCUCUGGGACUGUAGAGACGGUCACUGAGAAGGAAGAUGGUGCUACACCACCAGAUGGCUCUGUUUUUAUCAAAGCCCGAUAAAGUAGCAGGAACCCUUUGAAUCUGGCUUUUUGAUUGCUCUUAAAGUUUGAGGCCUAGGGACAUCUACUGUGGAGAGACAGAAUAAAACUCCUGUUUGUAAAAUGAGUUUUGCAGAUGAGGCAUAUAAAAACUAAAUGGUAGAAUUAUCGUGUAGUGUUUGGGCUGUGCUUUGAUUAAGUUACGAUUUAAACUUCUUAAGAUUAGAAUUGUGAGUACAGUGGGGUUUGAUUAAUAAACUUAAAAAAAUAAUCCAAAAAUGUAAGUGAAUGCGUUUUAAAGACACAACUUGAAAAGUGAAUUCUCUAAUAGUGAAUAACUUGAUGGCCAGUGUUAUUAAAAUGUUGACUCGUUGACUUUUGUUACACGAUAAAGGAAGUUGGUGAUUUCUUUCCCUCCUAAUACUCCUGUUACUAUUCACUCUUCUGUUUUUCUGAUUGCAUUAGAGGAAGUCUCCCAAAGCUCAAAUAUUUUUUGACAUUUAUUUUGAUUCAAAGUUGUCAUUUGGUUAUUUUUGGAAUCUUUGAAAGUUUGCAUGAAAAUGCAUGCAAACUGUGUACGUUCUAAACAUUUUCUGGACUUUCUCUUCAUUCUGAUUUGUGCUUAUAUUUUGACUUCAAAAUUAUUACAACAAUGGUAGUUGCCUUCUUCAGUAUUAGAUAUGUGAAAUACUGAUCAAUGUCACAAUGAUGGUUUUAUUGUUUUAGUUGUAAAAGUAGAUAGAGUAUUCCUUACCACAAGUGAGUCAUGUUUGAGAUGUGCAUUUUUGAAAAAUGCUUUUAUCGAUGUGUCAUAUCAAAUUGUACUGCUGCACUGGCCCAGUUAAAAGUAGUAUUUUCUUCUCCUUAUUUUUAAAAGCUUAAAAACUCUGAAAAAAACUUACCUUUUGCUUUUAACGUUCCAGCUGACGGUUUGGAAUUCUUUUUCUAGAUAACUUUUUUGGAACUACUCAAUUAAAUUACAAUUUUAAAUAGCUAAAUUAUGUCUUUCUAAAAAAGUAGGGAUGUUUAUGAGUGUCAGUGAAUGUAUAUAUCUUGGGCAUGACAUACAUAGGAACUGAAACAUGACUUAACAGUACAAUCCCAUGAGUAGAGAAGAAUAUAUUUAAAGAAAUAUUUCGUUGAAAGGCCACGAUCGCAUUCACAAAUCAAUACUGUCAUUGCUAAUAUGAGUUAUUUUUAUACUACAUAUAUUAUAGUACAAUUAUAUAGAACUACUGGGUCCUGUUACUUCUGACACUCAGGAAGCUAUUUUUGCUGUAAAAUUAAUUUUUUCCUUGUCAGAGAUGAAAGUAAGCUGUUUUAAAGAAUCUUACCUUAACCUGUUGGAGCAUGUAAGUAAUGGUCUACAUUUUUCUGAGAUGAUUUAAAAAAUGUUUCCUUUAGUGGAAUGCUUACCUCUUUUUUUUUUUUUUUCAGAGUGUUAUAUUUUCCCUCAAAGUUACAUCAGAAGGUUAGCUGUGGUUAGGUUAGUUUUAGAAUAAUUGAAAAACACAAAUGUUAGUUACAUUUUAUUUUGUUUAAUAAAGGAUAUUCUCAUAGGGUAGAUACUUGAGUAUAUACAGAAGUGAGCAUUCACCAUUUGGUAUGUGGUUUUGAGUAGUGGGUUUUUGUUUAUCGUGUAAUUUGUGAAUAAAUAGUUUUUUCUGCACUUUAAA